UUCAGUGGACUGUAGCGCGAUUCGCUUACGUUUAAAUUAACGGCCGCCAGUGAGUGGGGGUGGUUUGUAAGAAGGCCAGGGUUCACUCGGUACCAGCAAGACGCCCACCUCGACACAACACAGGCAUUCUUUACCACCCAGCUGGUUACUGUACUGCUUUAUUCAGGUUUCCAGCCCAACCAUGCCCUUUGGACCUAGAUGGAGGCUCGGCGGGAACGAGGCGAAGGCCCGGAAGAUUUUGGAGCGUGGGCGGAACAAGUUCUGGCUUCCCUGCCAGUUGGACCGCGACGUCGCCGGGCUAGAAAUCACCGAGGACAACUGGGAGGAGACCCUAGAAACGCGCUACAGCCCCGUGGAUUCCCUUAGUCUCGUGACGCACCUGGAGUUCGCUCAGGAGAUCUGCAGACGACAGUUCUUCUCAGGCAUGGUUGCCAAGGACGACCACGAGACCGUGAUGCUUGACCCCGAUCACCCGUUACGUCACACCCCUCUGACAUGGUUCCACUUUGAGAACGGCGCUGAAGAUGACUCAGAUUGUGCUGAUGGGAAUGUGAAGUUUACUGCACCAAUAGGAGUGGAGUCUGACAUCGCUAGACAGAACGCGAGACCUACCCGCAACUUCUACCUAGUUGAGAUGGCGGACCUGGCUUCGUCAUGCGCUUGUAGGAUCCUCGUAACUAACAACAGUUACCCGAGUUUGCAGCCGUACGACCCGUUCAAGAGAGGCGGCCCCUGGUACUGGGAUCGUAGGGGGUACCGCAACGCACACCGCGAGUGGGAACGCGACAGGCACUACGUCCUGAAGCAGUUUCGCCGCUUCUAUGGCCCGACUGGCUACAACGCGACCAGCUGUCGUGUGGAGCUUGUACGGGAUGCUUCUCCCGAUCAGCAAGAGCAUUGGCCGGCGGUGAACAACUACGCCAUUUCUUUCGUGAGCCAUGGCCUAGCGGAGAAGGAACGCAGCCCUAGGGUAGGGGACGUCCACCGCAUGCCAGACAUGUCAAAGGAAGAAGCGUUCUUCAUGUUCUUGGUAUGGGUGAUGAGUCCCCUUGGGUACAUCAACUCGGUUGUCCAUGCGCAUGAGGCAACAUCCGGGACAGACGACGUCUUGGACAGCGAUUGGUCGACAGAACGUCAGGUGACCGGUAACCAGGGGCAACAGCUAUCAGAGAGGGAGCACAAGGCCCUAGAGGCGUUUAACAAGGUUUGCACGACGAGGAUCAACUGGGCAUGCUCGCCAGAGGGGAGCCUCCCUUUGGAGCCGUCUCUACACAUCAUGGAUCAAGCUCUAACGGGUGACCUUGCAAGAAAGGUCGCUUCCAACAUCAUGUCCGCCGCAGAUUGCUCUCAGUCAGGCGUCUUCCUGCAAAACCUCGUCAUCCUCAACAAGCUUCUCUCUGACGAGUCGUCGUCCGCCAUGGUCAAGAGGAUUCUUGGGUACGCAAACGAGGGAGACAUGCCCGCGAUGCGCGGACGGAUGAGUCGGCUGGUGGAGGGAGAACUGCACGCGAAGAUUCCGAACGUGAGGAAAGAUGUGACCGAGCUGUUUGGCCAGCUGUUUGUGAGGUACAUGGAGGAGGUGGCUAAGUAGUGACAGAAAUGUUGGAACACUCGUGUAUUCUCCGAGACACCCACAAAAUAAACUGUCUGGAUUUUAUCAAGCCUGACUCUCACCGCAAAGAAAUGCUCUAACACCCCUUACCCUUGCCCCGGACGAGCCCAACUAUCAAUUGAUGAUCACCAAGUAAUCAUCCGUUCUAUCUCCAAACCGUCCCUGCUAAAAUAAAGGAGAUGAAGAAGAUGAAGAAAAAGAUAGGAACAUGACA